UGUAAGUUAAUGUAGUUUGGUCCGAGCGGAAGUGUAUUUAUAUUUUCUUUCCUUACAACACAAAGUGCCGCCAGCUCUAGCCGCAAUUCUAAUAGUCUUUAGUUCCUCCACCCUUACACAACCCGUUAACACUGACACACUUCCACCCCAUGUCAGCCACAACUCCGCCGUCGCCGCCGGUCGUCUCUUCACAUUCCUCAAAAACCCUUGACAAAUUCCAUAAUUCCACUUUUAUCCUCUCGCGAUCCUUCAAGCGUAAUAAGGAUUUUUCCAUUCGAUGUGAAUUUGAGAGUAACCAAAGGUGGACGGUGGGCUGUGUCUCAGCGACUGAUCCAAUUCAUAUUAUUCUGAAACCUCCUUCAAUCCCAAUGUCUGCAGCUGCUGCUUUGGGUUCUGCUGGUAAGAAUUCGAAGAGAGUUUGCUUAUUCUAUUGCGAUGAGAUGAAAGAUCUUGCUGAGCGAAUUGCUUCUCAAUCUGACGCCAUUGAGCUCCGUAGUAUCACUUGGAGGACUUUUGAAGAUGGAUUCCCAAACCUAUUCAUAUCUAAUGCUCAUGGCAUCCGUGGACAGCAUGCAGCUUUCCUUGCUUCAUUUAGUUCUCCUGGGGUGAUUUUUGAGCAAUUAUCAGUUAUUUAUGCAUUGCCAAAGCUCUUCGUUUCCUCAUUCACACUUGUCCUUCCGUUCUUCCCAACGGGCACAUCUGAGCGUAUGGAGGAUGAAGGUGAUGUUGCCACAGCUUUUACGCUUGCCAGGAUUUUGUCAAACAUUCCAGUUCCUCGAGGAGGACCAACUAGUUUAGUUACCUUUGAUAUCCAUGCCUUGCAGGAGAGGUUCUACUUUGGAGACAAUAUACUACCAUGCUUCGAGAGCGGGAUCCCCUUGCUUCUGAAUAGGCUACAACAACUCCCUGACUCUGACAAUAUAUCUCUAGCUUUUCCUGAUGAUGGUGCAUGGAAACGUUUUCACAAGCAGCUUCAGCAUUUUCCAAUGAUUGUCUGUGCUAAAGUUAGGGAAGGUGAUCAACGAAUUGUACGGAUUAAGGAGGGAGAUCCUGAUGGACGUCAUGUGGUGAUAGUGGAUGAUCUUGUACAAUCAGGUGGCACCCUAACAGAAUGCCAGAAAGUGUUGGCUAGACAUGGAGCUCAAAAAAUAAGUGCUUAUGUGACCCACGGAAUUUUUCCAAACAGAUCAUGGCAGCGGUUUAACCACGACAAAGGAGGUAGUCCGGAGAAUGGGAUGACCUACUUCUGGAUCACAGAUUCAUGCCCUCGAACAGUGAAGGAGGUGAAAGACAGAAAGCCAUUUGAGGUUCUGAGCCUCGCCGCUCCCAUAGCAGCUGCACUUCAGAUUUAAUUGCAGAUCCUCCUAAGCUGUUAUUUCAUUCUUUAUAUUCACCUUUGAUUCAAGACAAGUAUAGAGAAAGCAAGGAGAAGCGAGCUCUUCCAGGCAGCACUACCGCAAUAACUGGUGCUACUCAAGUGAUUAGAUAGAACUUUCUUAGUUAAUCUACUUCUCAAAAAGAUAUACACUUCGAUUGUAGCAUAACUAAGAUGUUUCUACUCUUUCAAACUUCUUCACGGAGAUGAUGAAUGUACCUCGAGAAAUGGAUCUUUUCUUUCUCAUAAAAUUGCUUUCUUGCAUGA